CAUCUCUUUUAGGGAGCCCAAGUGUCCGCUGGUCUGGAUAUUUAGCCAUGUGCCAUUGAGGAAGAUGUAUUAAAUGGUGGACUAAGAUCUAAUGAUAUGGCCAUUUAAUGGCAUCUGUUGGGGCUCAGGUGAAUGAUGCAGAAAAGAAUGCUCAUUUUGGCUACAGUGGUCAACAUGUUCACUGUAUGGUUUCCCAUGCUUAUUGUUUUUACUGAGCCAAGUAAGAAGGCAGUGUCUAUAACACCAACUCCUCCACGGACCCUGCCAAAAUACUUUGAAACUCUUGAAAGAACUUUGGUCUUCCAUAGACCGUUGAUUCACCAGAGACCUUACAGUAGAACUGAAUCUCCAUCUUUAAGAACAAAAGCAGACGAUCAGAGGUCAUACUCCUUCUCUCACCACUGUCCUCCAGUCAGGCCUUUUCCUAAAUCUCUCCGAACUGCUGGUGCCAUGACCUCCUCAUUGAUAGAUCAGUUUUUCCUCUGCCUAGUGCAGCAGGGGAGCUCACUGAAGUUGGUAUCCGAAGACCUUCAAGUGUAUCGCCAAAACUUUCUUCAGAUGCUUCCAGGCCAGCCCUACUUAUGAACUCUUUCCUACGUCCUACCAGUGCUAAAGUGCCUUUGCCUCCACAGGGGGACAAUAGAAAGAACAACACUUCUCCACAUGUUGGAGCAAAGUCAGCUUCCUGGCAUAAUGGUGAGAGAGUAGACUCCGUCUUGCCCAGUAGCGGGGUUCCAACAUUAACCCACAAUAGUAUUAGUACAGGGAAUGUUUCUUCCAGUAUUCUAGGGGCAGCCAAAACGGAGGAAGCUAUGUGUCCAAUACAUAACAACUUUACCAAUGUUCCUUACAAAGGGGUCCAACUCACAGAGGCUGUAAGACGAUUAACUGGAAGACAUUUUGACAUUUCACCCAAAGCAGUCUACCAAAAGGAAGAGACAUUUACUAGCUGUGAUGAAAAAUCUCCACCUGCCUUCUAUCCAGGCCUUCCAAAUAUAACACCGCUCCUUGCAGCCUGAUAUCUAAUGGUCAUUGCCUUAAUGAGGACAGUGCUGGUCUUUGCAGUGCCAACGUCUGCACCAAACUAAUCAGCAACAAUUUGAAUGUUGCCGAAAGGGACUCUAAUAAUCUUGGUACCUCAUAUCAAACUACUGAGACUUCUAGUAUACCAAGUGAACCCCAACCUCCUUUUACUGGGGAAACAUCACAGCGAGAGAGAAUAUAACUGUCGUGGCCUCUCAAAUUUCAACCAUUCAUCUUAAUCGAGCUUGUGUGAAAGACAGCGACCAACCCGAUUCUGCAAGUGAGCAAGAGCUUCUGGUGCCAAACUGUGAACCUGACUGUGCAGAAGAGGAGCUUCCUGAAGGUCUAGAUGACAGCCAGGAUGAAGAAGAGGAUGAGGAAGAUCCUGAUGACCCUUCUGUUAUCCAAGUGUCGUCCUCUUCAUUGAUGUCAGGCUCAGCCAGACAAUGUGCUGACAAUAUGGAUGAGACACCUGUAAAUGGGGACAUUAUACUGAAGCCUGCUCUGACCCCUAGCCUGUUCCCCAACAUACCUCCGACCCUUUACUUUGGCACUCAGGAUGAGAAGGUGGAACUGCUGCCUUGGGCACAGAGAAAACUGCUGAAGUGGAAAAUGAGUACUGUGACACCAAACAUAGUGAAACAAACUGUUGCACGGUCCCACUUCCGUGUUACCAAAAAGAACCAUGACUGGUUGGGUUGUUGGGGCCAUCACAUGAAGUCUACAGCCUUCAAGAGCAUCCGAGAAUACCAGAAGCUGAAUCAUUUCCCAGGGUCCUUUCAGAUUGGCAGGAAGGAUCGUCUUUGGAGGAAUUUGUCAAAGAUGCAGGCUCGGUUUGGACGCAAAGAGUUCAACUUCUUCCCGCAGUCAUUUGUUCUUCCUCAGGACAUCAAGCUGUUGAAAAAAGCUUGGGAGGAGGGGGGAACACGGCAGAAAUGGAUCGUUAAGCCGCCAGCGUCAGCCAGAGGAAUGGGGAUCCAGGUUAUACACAAGUGGAGCCAGCUUCCAAAGAAGAGGCCACUGCUGGUUCAAAGGUACCUGCACAAACCCUACCUCAUCAGUGGCAGCAAGUUUGACUUGAGGAUUUAUGUUUACGUGACGUCCUAUGACCCCCUGAGAGUGUAUCUGUUUACCGAUGGCUUGGUGCGGUUUGCCAGCUGCAAGUAUUCAUCUUCCAUGAAAAGUCUGAGCAACAAGUUCAUGCACUUAACAAACUACAGUGUCAAUAAGAAAAAUGUAGACUACAAGGCCAAUACAGACGAGACCGCUUGCCAAGGACAUAAAUGGGCUCUCAAGGCAUUGUGGACCUACCUCAACCAGAAAGGAUUCUGCAGUGAGAAGAUCUGGGAAAAGAUCAAAGAAAUGGUGAUAAAGACAAUAAUUGCUUCUGAUCCAUACGUGAACAGCCUGGUGAAGAUGUAUGUCCAAAACCCACGCAGCUGUCAUGAGCUCUUUGGAUUUGACAUUAUGCUGGAUGAGAAUCUGAAACCUUGGGUCCUAGAAGUGAACAUCUCACCCAGUCUGCACUCUAAUUCCCCUCUAGAUGUGAACAUUAAAGGUCAGAUGAUCAAAGAUCUCCUCAACCUGGCCGGAUUCCUCCUCCCCAAUAAAGAGGAUACCAGUAAUAUUGGCUCUGGCAGCUCUGCUACCAGUGUGUGCACCAGUGGGAAGGACCGUGGGCGCUCAAUGGAGAUUCUGAAUGAAGAAAAGAUGAAACGGGCAUAUUACCUUAGCCAGAAGUUACCGGACAAGGAUCUGUACGCCACAGUGCUGGACCAGCUGACCCCAGAGGAUGUUCGAAUUUUGGCAGAGACUGAAGAUGAGCUUUCUCGUUGUGGGCAGUUUGAACGGGUCUUCCCCUCCCCCAUAUCGUCACGGUUUUUGCGCUUUUUCGAGCAACAGCGAUAUUUCAAUAUUCUUACAAACCAAUGGGAGCAAAAGUUCUACAAUGAUCGAGAGAGGGGACGUGACCUUCUGCGAAGUCUCUGCAUGAUGAAUUUUCACACGGGCUCUGUUCUACUUCCACUCUCUCCAUUGAAAUCUCCUGGUUACAGCAUGGUCCAUCUGAAUGGCUUUAACAGAGGGGACAUUUCAGCACCCAGUUCAUUACUCAUCUCUCCUGAGGAAAGGCCAGCAUCUUUAAAGACCUCAUCUUACCAUCACCAGCCAGAGCUCCCAGAGAGAACACGGUUAUGCCAAUCGCUGUCUAAUAUGCCAGAGUCCACCUUGGUCACGUGA